AUGGACACUUCCAACCUCACAGUCGUGGACAUCCACACGCACAUGUACCCUCCGCAGUAUAUCAAGAUCCUCGAAUCUCGAACCACCAUCCCCCUGGUCCGCAAAUUCCCACAAGCCCCCGAACCGCGUCUCAUCCUGCUGGAAGCCGAACUCGCAGACCUGGAAAAGGCUACACACGACCCGUCUGCGAAACCGCCCGGACGCCCGCUCACGUCGCACUUUGCAUCGCUCGACCAAAAGAUUCACUUCAUGGACACGCAUCACAUUAACAUCUCUGUCAUUUCUCUAGCUAAUCCGUGGUUGGACUUUGUCAACGCCUCCCAGGCAGGGGCCAUGGCCGAGUCGGUGAACAAGGACUUCUCAGAGAUGUGUGCCAAGCAUCACGGCCGGCUAUUCUUCUUUGGUACGCUGCCUCUUACGGCGCCGCUGGACACUCUGCAGGCAUCGAUAUCUCACCUCAAGGACCUCAAGUACUGUCGUGGUGUGAUUCUCGGGACGUCAGGUCUUGGAAAGGGGCUGGACGAUCCGAAUCUUCUUCCCAUCUUCGAGGCACUUGCAAAGGCAAAUUUGACUGUGUUCCUUCACCCGCACUAUGGUCUGCCGAAUGAGGUUUGGGGCCCUCGCGCUAGUGAGUAUGGACACGUUCUUCCGCUGGCGUUGGGAUUCCCCAUGGAGACAACCAUUGCCGUGGCGCGAAUGUAUUUGGCGGGAGUGUUUGACAAGGUCCGUGAUUUGCGAAUGCUGCUGGCGCACAGCGGAGGGACUUUGCCAUUCCUCGCUGGCAGAAUUGAGAGUUGUAUAUUCCACGACGGCCAACUUGUUCGUGAGGGAAAGGUCGGGAAAGGUCGUCGCACGGUUUGGGACGUGCUAAAGGAACAAGUCUACCUGGAUGCCGUCAUAUAUUCGGAGGUAGGCUUGAAGGCCGCAAUUGACGCGAGCGGCUCUGAUAGACUCAUGUUUGGUACCGACCAUCCUUUCUUCCCACCCAUCACAAGUGAUGAACAGGGUCAGUGGGAGAGCGUCAGUUUGAACCCAGAAGCUGUGGCCAAGGCGGUUGGCGAAGGAUCGGCCGAGGCCAAGAGCAUCAUGGGAGCAAACGCAAUCCGGAUUUUGAGGCUGGAAGAGCAGGCAUGA